AGGCGAUCGCAUCGAUUUUGGAUACAGAUUUGUAUAAACUCACUAUGCAGCAAGCUGUUCUCCAGCAUUUCCCGGAUACAAGAGUUAGCUACCGCUUCACGAACCGGAGUAUGCAAAUGCGCUUCAAUGGGAAGUGCCUCGACGCUAUCAACGAGGGUCUUCACUUCCUGAGUGAGCUCACGUUGCAGCCUUCAGAGAGCGGCUACCUCCGCUCAGAUAAGGCCCCGAUGUUCAAGCCUUCUUACGUCGACUACCUUGAGAACUAUCGCUUCAAGCCAUCUGAACAGAUCGAAGUACGCCUGGUAAACGUUGAUGAGAGCGGCUUUGGGGAUCUAGAGAUUGAUAUACGUGGCCUCUGGGUUGAGACCAUUCUCUAUGAAGUUCCCCUCAUGUCAAUCGUCUCAGAAGCUUAUUUUGCUCACGUCGACACAGACUGGACAUACGACGGACAGGCUGAACUCGCUAAAGCUAAAAUGAGGAAGCUAGCAGAAGGUGGCAUAAUUUUGUCGGAAUUCGGCAGCAGACGUAGAAGGUCUUUGCAAGGACAUGAUAUUGUCAUACGCGCUCUCAAAGAGGAGAGUGAACUCCUGAGUGGGCAGAAAGCCAUUACAGGUAAACUUGCGGGUACAAGCAAUGUAUAUUUCGCAUUCAAAUAUGACUUACCACCUAUCGGUACCGUCGCUCACGAGUGGACGAUGGGUAUUGCAGCCAUGACAGGCUACCCCACUGCAAACUUCACCUCUCUCAAACUCUGGGAGCAGACUUUUGGUAACAGCCUCCUCAUUGCGCUCACUGACACCUUUACAACUGAUGCUUUCUGGAGAGAGUUCCUCGAACACCCUGAGAAAGCCAGGAAAUGGGCGGGUAUUAGACAAGAUUCUGGUGACCCAGUGAAAUUCUGUGAAGACGCUAAGCGUAUUUAUGAAAAACUCGGUAUUUCACCUAGCGAGAAGACAAUUGUGUUUAGCGACAGUCUGGAUGACGAAUUAUGUAUUAAGUUAAAGAAGGUCACGGAUGACUAUGGAUUUAAAUCCUCUUUCGGCGUUGGAACAUUCCUCACAAACGAUUAUCGGAAAGCAUCAAACCAUGAGGAAAAGAGCAAAGCACUGAAUAUAGUCAUCAAGAUAGCCUCCGUGGGAGACACCCCGACGAUCAAACUGAGUGACGAUUUAUCCAAGAUUACGGGAAAUGACAACACGGUAAAGACAGUGAGGCAUGAAUUGCAUGUAUAAUAAACUGGAUUAUGUUCUCCUACUAUUUUUGUUACGAAACUCGUUUGUUAUAUACAGUCAUCAUGUUUGCAAGACAAAUCGUCAGAGCGGCAGCCAGAAAUGCAAGAAUUGUUACUAGAGCACCAGUAGCAGCACGCUCAUUCUCUUUCACACCAUUACGCUUCGGUGCUGGUAGCACCGAUAGCACGCUCACAGCACAGCUCGCUAAUGAGAUCUCCUUCGAAACUGAGAACGCAUCCCCAGAAGAGCCAGAAUGGGUGAGAGUAUUCAGAGAUGAGAAGGUCUGGUCCAUCGAAGACAAAAGUGGUUCAGAUGAGAUCGUGCUUUCUAGACAGUUUGGAAAUGAGCACGUCAGAGUACUCUUCUCUAUCUCAGAUCUCGAGCAGGACGACGGCGGCAGUGGAGAAGUACAAGCUGAGCCAGUCGACGAAGUACCAGCGUACAGCGUCAGAAUGUCAGUCAGCAUCACGAAGCCAAACAGUGGGGCUCUCACUAUCGACUGCGUGUCACAAAACGAGAGCAUUUUGAUAGACAAUAUCUCCUACUAUCAAGACGCAAAGUUAGCAACCCAACUCACUGCAGACGCAGACUUUGAGAGAAGAGGACUCUACAUCGGACCAGUAUUUGACCACCUUGAUUUAGACGUACAGUCUGAGUUCCAGCAAUUCCUCGUUGAGAGGGGCAUCGACGAGAGACUAGCCACAUUCGUACCAGAAUACGCGGUCUACAAAGAGCAAAAGGAGUACGUCAAAUGGCUCUCUAACGUUAAGAGCUUUA